AUGGCAUGGUAUUGCUUCCGAGAACAAUCGCACGAGGCCCUAACAUACGCCACCUUUGAGAUUGCUUCUCUCUUCAUCUCCGAGUUUCCAGAGUCCAUUCCUUCAAUCGCUGGCAAUAUAUUGACAAGUGUUUCACCGGACCAGGUUGAGAGCUGGUGCCAGAGCUGGUGCCACAGUAAACUUGCGGUUGGGAAGACAGACUCUUGUGGCACACUCAGAUGGCGGUUUUGUGCCAUCGUCUGCAAGGAAACCCCCAAAGCGGAAGAUAAUUGCCGUGCGGCGCUCGCUCUCGAAAAGAAGAAUUGGCGUGCAUCUUUACUUUUGGCCAAGAUUGUGGAGUCUGACUUGGAGGCAAUUGAAAUAUUGAAGAAGCUUGGUUCGCCAUUACAUAGCCGAUACAACCUGGAUGAAGAAAAACGAAAAAUACUUGGGUGA